UGCGUCUCCCGGGCGUCCCGAGGCUGCCGGUGCGCGGGGAAUUUGGGGACGAGGAAAAUAACCCGGCCCCAAGCGCUGGGCUCUGCCGGAGCAGCGCGGGCUGCGGGCGGGAGCCAGACAGGGCCAAGUCGGGCUUGUUCCUCCGUGUCAACGUCAGGAGUGGGGACGGUGCGGCCGCGGUGAGAGCCACACGCUGCUAACACGCCUGGCCUGGGGAGGCACGGGGCUUUCUCCCUUCCUCUUCCUCUGCGGUAAGCUGCAAAAAAGAUGGAGAAGAGGCCCUUUCCCGAAGAGGGCUACUUGUCACUCUCCCGAGACUGAGCUGCACUUAUUGGAAAGGACCUGGGGAGUGACAGCAAAACUGCAACGAACUUGGAACAAAUCGCGGCUAGUUUGUGGACAGCCAGCUGGACAUACCUACUACAGCGUUAGAUUGGAAUAUGUGGGCCUGCCUAGGUCCCAGUCUCCUGUUUGCCUUGCUCCGUUUGAAGGAUAAGUAACUGAAUCAUGUGGACCUGCCUGGCGGUUUCUUUAAACAGGCAGUGAUUUCUCAAGGAAUUUAAUAGCAACUGUCCUAGGAAAAGCCCCAAGUCAGAAAGUUCAAGGAUCACUCUAUUUAUUGUUUUUAAAGUCCUAAGGACCCAUCUCCUAAAGUUCUUAAAGAAAAUUUGACAACAUGGCUUCCCCACCGCACCAGCAAUUACUGCAUCACCACAGCACUGAGGUGAGCUGCGACUCCAGUGGAGACAGUAACAGUGUGAUGGUCAGAAUCAACCCCAAACAGCACCAGGGUUGCUCCUCUUCCAAGCAUUGCAAGUACAGCAUCUCCAGCUGUAGCAGCUCUGGGGAGUCAGGAGGUGCCCGCAGAACAACAGGAGGAGGGGGAAGCGGUGGUGCAGGUUUGCGCAAGAAAAAGCUGCCGCAGCUUUUUGAGAGAGCCUCCUCCAAGUGGUGGAACCCCAAGUUUGACUCCAACAACCUGGAAGAGGCCUGUAUGGAGAGAUGCUUCCCGCAGACCCAGCGUAGGUUUCGCUAUGCUCUUUUCUACAUAGGUGUGGCCUGUCUCCUCUGGGGUGUAUAUUUUGGAAUCCACAUGAGAGAGAAACUGAUUGUCUUCAUGGUGCCAGCUCUGUCCUUCCUCUUAGUAUGUGUAGCAUUUUUCUUGUUCACUUUCACUAAGAUCUAUGCCCAGCAUUAUGUGUGGACCUCAUUGAUCCUCACCCUCCUGGUUUUUAUUUUGACUCUGGCUCCACAGUUCCAAGUUUUGACACCUAUCUCAGGAAGUGAUGACAUAUCCAAUCGUACUCUCCCUGUGAGAGCCACAGACACUUGCCUUUCUCAAGUAGGCAGUUUUUCUAUGUGUGUUGAAGUGCUCUUGCUGCUCUACACAGUAAUGCACUUACCUUUGUAUUUAAGCUUGUUUCUGGGACUAUCCUACUCAGUCCUUUUUGAAACCUUUGGUUAUCAUUUCAGUGAUGAAGACUGCUUUGCACCCCUUGGAGCCAGUGUAAUUUACUGGGAACUGCUGAGUAAAGCCUUGCUUCACAUCUGUAUCCAUGCUAUAGGUAUUCAUUUAUUUAUCAUGUCUGAAGUCAGAUCAAGGAGCACAUUCUUGAAAGUGGGGCAAUCAAUCAUGCAUGGAAAAGAUUUGGAAGUUGAAAAAGCACUGAAAGAGAGGAUGAUUCAUUCUGUGAUGCCAAGAAUAAUAGCUGAUGACUUAAUGAAACAGGGGGAUGAUGAAAGUGAGAACUCAGUCAAACGUCAUUCCACCUCAAGCCCCAAAAACAGGAAGAAAAAACCCUCUAUACAGAAAACCCCCAUUAUAUUCCGUCCUUUUAAAAUGCAGCAGAUUGAACAAGUGAGUAUUUUGUUUGCAGAUAUAGUUGGCUUUACUAAAAUGAGUGCAAACAAAUCUGCCCAUGCAUUAGUGGGGCUUUUGAACGAUCUGUUUGGCCGCUUUGAUCGUCUGUGUGAGGACACCAAAUGUGAGAAGAUAAGUACUUUGGGAGACUGUUAUUAUUGUGUAGCAGGAUGCCCAGAGCCCCGAGCGGAUCAUGCCUAUUGCUGCAUUGAGAUGGGUUUGGGUAUGAUUAAAGCCAUAGAGCAGUUUUGCCAAGAGAAAAAAGAAAUGGUGAACAUGAGAGUUGGAGUUCACACUGGGACAGUUCUUUGUGGCAUUUUGGGGAUGAGGAGGUUUAAGUUUGAUGUGUGGUCUAAUGAUGUCAACUUGGCCAAUCUAAUGGAGCAGUUGGGAGUGGCUGGAAAGGUCCAUAUUUCAGAAGCUACUGCCAAAUAUUUGGAUGACCGUUACGAAAUGGAGGAUGGAAAGGUGAUUGAACGAGUUGGCCAGAGUGUGGUAGCUGACCAGUUAAAAGGUUUGAAGACUUACCUGAUAUCUGGUCAGAAAGCGAAGGAGUCCCAUUGCAGCUGUUCACAGGCAUUGAUUACUGGUCUGGAGGCAGGAGAUGGAGCCAACAUACAGGGAGCGUCAUCAGCUGAGAAUAUUGGUGACUUGGCAAAGACUGUCAAACACUCCGAAAAACACAAGGGCAUGGUGGACAGAGGCUACACCAGGGACACACAGCAGUGCCGCUUGAAAGUUAAGGAACUCAGGCAAGCCUGCCAAAAGACAAAGGAGGCAAAUGGUUGCUCUGGGUCAGAGUCCCAGACAUGCUGCUUCUAUGAUCAGCUGCAUGCCACUACCCCACCACUGUCUGUGGACACCUGCAAGGUGGCAGCCUCACGCAACAAGAAGGAGGAUUUUGUGGAUGAGGAAGAGGAGGAGAACGUGCAGCAGGCAAGCGGAGAAUCUAUUUUCCUGGGCAGCCAGGACGUUUUCCUCACCCUGGAGCCAAUACCCUCCCAGGGUGUAUUGUUCCUGGACCCUGAAGGCGGAGAAGCACCUCUGACAUGUCCUUCAUGUAGUGUUACAUUUGCUCCCAGCAGUGAUGUCACUAUAGAGGAAGGAGCUAUCCAAAAUGGCUGUCAGGAUGAACAUAAAAACAAUAUCAAGCAGACUCCUGGACGACGCAAUCCAAAGACCCAGAAUGGACUUUUGAGUCCUCCACAGGAUGAGAAGCUGAGCAACAGCCAGACAUCACUUUAUGAGAUGUUGCAGGAGAAAGGAAGAUGGGUAGGAGUGAGUUUGGACCAGUCAGCACUCCUUCCACUGAGGUUCAAAAACAUCAGAGAGAAGACAGAUGCUCAUUUUGUGGAUGUGAUUAAAGAAGACAGCCUGAUGAAAGACUAUUUCUUUAAACCACCUAUUAACAAGUUGAGCCUGAACUUCCUGGAUGGGGACUUGGAGAUGGCUUACAGGACCAGCUAUCAGAAAGAGGUUAUGAAGAAUGCUCCUGUGAAGACGUUUGCCAGUGCUACCUUCAGUUCACUCCUGGAUGUGUUCCUGUCCACAACAGUCUUCCUCAUACUCUCGAUCACCUGUUUCCUGAAACAUGGGAUGGCCCUGUCCCCUCCCCCACCUGCAGCAGUAGUGGUGUUCAUCAUUGCCAUCCUGCUAGAGGUGCUGUCUCUUAUCGUCUCAAUUAGAAUGGCAUUCUUUCUGGAGGAGGUGAUGAUUUGUACUAAGCGCCUGCUGGAGGUGAUUGCUGGCUGGCUGCCUCGACAUUUCAUCGGUGCAAUCCUAGUUUCCCUCCCGGCUCUUGCAGUUUUUUCACAUUUCACCUCUGACUUUGAAACCAACAUACAUUAUACCAUGUUUAUGUGUUGUGCGAUUCUCAUCACCAUUGUCCAGUACUGUAACUUCUGCCAGCUGAGCUCCUGGAUGAGAUCAUCACUGGCCACUAUUGUAGGAGUGGUGCUCCUUAUCUUGCUCUACAUCUCUUUAUGUCCAGAUAGCUCCAUUGAAACUUCCCACCUAGAUUCAAGACAGAACUUUAGCUCUAGGAAGAAUCCAUGCAACAGUUCAGUGCUAAAUGAUAUAAAGAAACCAGCAGACCGGAUUGGCCAGGAAGUGAUAUUGGUUUUCUUUCUCCUACUCCUUUUGGUUUGGUUUCUGAAUCGGGAAUUUGAAGUCAGUUACCGCCUUCACUACAAUGGAGAUGUAGAGGCUGAUCUUCACCGCACCAAAAUUCAGAGCAUGAGGGAUCAGGCUGACUGGUUGCUGAGGAAUAUUAUUCCAUAUCACGUGGCGGAGCAGUUGAAGGUUUCCCAGAGCUACUCCAAAAACCAUGAUAGUGGCGGAGUGAUCUUUGCUAGCAUUGUGAACUUCAGUGAGUUCUAUGAAGAGAAUUAUGAGGGGGGCAAAGAAUGCUAUCGAGUCCUAAAUGAAUUGAUUGGGGACUUUGAUGAGUUGCUGAGCCAAACACAUUACAGCAGCAUUGAGAAAAUCAAAACAAUUGGAGCAACCUACAUGGCUGCCUCUGGACUGAACACCGCACAGUGUCAGGACAAUAACCAUCCACAUGGACAUUUGCAAACCCUUUUUGAAUUUGCCAAAGAAAUGAUGCGAGUGGUGGAUGACUUCAACAACAAUAUGUUGUGGUUUAAUUUUAAACUUCGUGUUGGCUUUAACCAUGGCCCUCUCACUGCUGGGGUCAUAGGCACCACCAAAUUGUUAUAUGACAUUUGGGGUGAUACCGUGAACAUUGCUAGCAGGAUGGACACUACCGGCGUGGAGUGCCGGAUACAGGUGAGUGAGGAGAGCUACCGUAUCCUAAAUAAGAUGGGAUAUGACUUUGAUUAUAGGGGGACAGUCAACGUGAAGGGGAAAGGUCAGAUGAAAACCUACCUUUACCCAAAAUGCAUGGACAGUGGGGUUGUGCCACAUCACCAGUUAUCUAUAUCUCCAGACAUCCGGGUUCAAGUGGAUGGCAGCAUUGGGCGGUCUCCUACCGAUGAGAUUGCCAAUCUGGUGCCUUCUGUACAGAAUUCUGACAAGACAUCCCAGGGCUCAGAUAACAACUUAGAACCCAAGGAUAUGCUUCCAUCUUACAAGAAGCUCCAAAAAGAGUCAGUGAAAGCAGAAGACAGGUGCAGGUUUGGCAAAGCUGUAAAAAAUGAUUGUGAGGAAGCAGAAACUGAGGAGGUCAAUGAACUAACAAAGUUAAAUAUCUCUAAGAGUGUAUGAUGCAGUGACAGAGAGCUGCAUGAUGUGCUCUGUCCAUAGAAACACAAAGACAUUUGCAAUUGGCUGCUUUCUUUUUUGAAGAAAGACAUUCUCAACACUUGGGUUAUUUGUUUUCAUAUUAGCACCUGGUGCUGUGUGGAUCACAGUUAUUCAGGGCUCAUUUUCAUCUCUCUGUCCCCUCCAUGCCCCUUAGCCCUCUUCCAAAACUCCCCAGCUCCCUGUGUAACCCUCUUUCAGCUGAGUGGAGCAUAUUAAGUGCCUUCAAAUAUACUCCAUUGGACUCCCUGUCUAGGUACAAAGGCCCCAAAUAAAAUCAUAGCUUUGGGUAUCUGUUAAUUUUAAAAGAAAAGCUGUGGUCAUCCUUUCAUUUUUAUUGUUGUUUCUCACAAAACACUUUUUUUGGCUAAUGCAGCUCCUUGGGCUUUAUAUAUAUAUAUAUGUGUGUAUGUGUAAUAUUUUACUGUUAUCAGACCUUCUGUAUGUAAACACACAGACAGAUGUGUGUGUAUCUAUCAUAUGAGACUGAUAUAAAAGUGCCAGUAAUGUACCACAAGAGAAUGUUGCUGAGAUGAAGUAACACAAUUUUGCUUUUGUGUUGGGCAGGAGGAGGAGCUGAGUUCUACAGUGGCUCAGCAUUUAGAUGGAGCAGGCAGCACAAGUGUUGUAGUUUCACCCUCCUUUAACAGUGUUUUGAUCAGACAUGUGCCAUUGUAUGCUUUGGAUGCACUGCUUUCCUUACAUCCAAUGGGUUAUUGAUAUGUGGGGAUGGAUUAAGGGAUCAGAUUUCACCAGCUCUCAAGAUAGGGUUCCAAAAACAAACAAGCAUCCAUUAAAGUUUUUACAAUCCAGGUCUCAGGUGUUUAAAAAGCAGUUUUCAUUUUACCCCCACCCCAAGGGAUUUGUGAGGUUUUGAGUGAAGUUGAUGCCUCUAAAACUGUUCUGAUUUAAGAAGGGUGCGUUUAAAUAAAUGUUUUGGGGUUACAUUUAUUUAUUUAUUUAUUUAUUUUAAAAUUUGUGUUUGUGGAAGGUAUUAGGAUUUGUAGAGGUGGUAAUUGGUGUCACUCAAAUUAAUCAGAUGCCCAUUAGUGCUUCAUCCUCUUCAAACUGCCAACCACUGUGAGGACGUUACCUAGGCAAUACUUGUGUCAAAAUUGGUGAUAUCGCCAAAGCCACCAAAUGCAGAUUGAGUCUGAAAAUCCCAGCUUCCCUUCUGUACUGAAUUAAUGGUGCUGAACAAUGUUCUUCAGGCUUUCACAGAAUCAUAGAAUAUCAGGGUUGGAAGGGACCUCAGGAGGUCAUCUAGUCCAAACCCCUGCUCAAAGCAGGACCAAUCCCCAGACAGAUUUUUGCCCUAGAUCCCUAAAUGGCCCCCUCAAGGAUUGAAUUCACAACCGUGGGUUUAGCAGGCCAAUGCUCAAACCACUGAUCUAUCCAUCCCUCCCCUAAUGCUUUUCCCGUAUGCUGUGCUUUUGCAGCAUAGACAUGCUUCCCAUGUGCCAUUUAAAGUAGGAAUAGGAAGGUCCUUUGCCAUGAGCUGAGAAGCACAAUAUUUCAGGCCUGAACAUACAAUUGACUGUGUGGGCAAACCCCUGUGCUUACAGAAAGGCUCACUGACGUCAGUGGGACUGUACACAGAUGCCGGGGUCUGUUUGCAUAGAGGCAGUUGCAGGAUCAAGGCCUCAGACAACACUAGUCCCAGGGAUUUCCCUACACCCUACUUCCUCCCCCACCCCCCACAUUGCCCCAUCCCUCCCACAGUGGCAGUGUUGCCAAUUUAGUCGUUUUCCAACCCCCCCUGUAAAUUCAAACACCUCCUCUAAUUUCAAUUCCUGGGGAAGACUGACUAGUUCUCCCUUUGCAUACUUCCGUAAUUUUAACCCCUUUUCACAUAGUUUUUGACUGAGUGGAUGACCCACUUUGGAUAAUAUUAAAUAUUGCAAGGUUCCAAUUUAAACAAAUAUUUCUUGUACCAACAAAAUGACUAUAAUAUUUCUGUCCAAAAUAAAUUCAUCUGCCAAGGGAAAUAGGGUAAUUAUGGGAAAAUGUAAUGCUGUUUUGUCUGCACCACCAUAUUUUUUUAGUUAUUUCUUUCCAUCUUCAGUCCAAAAAAAUGACUUAAAACUGAAAGCAGAAAAUAGUCACACUUACUGUUUUAAGAAUGGCCAUACUGGGUCAGACCAAAGGUCCAUCUAGGACAUUAUCCCGUCUUCAGACAGUGGCCAAUGCUUGCUCUUUUCUUUUCCUGUAUGUUUAAAAUUUCUUAAUGCUGAUCAUUUCAAGAUCACCCACAGGAAAAAAAAUUUGGUUGUUAAAUGUGUUCAAGCCCGGGAGUUCUGCUCCUGUUAUCCCUCGUUCAUGUGAGUUAUUCUAGGGUUUAGAACAUUGAGGAAGAUACUGAGUAUUUUCUGCAACACUUCCUUUAUCUGCCACUGACACAUCAUUGAUUAUUUUCCCCCACUACUCCUUUAAGACCAAACAGAUUGACUUCUCAUAAAUAAGUAAAUAACAUUCCAGUGUGU